ACCGCCCAGCCAUGCAGUAUUCCUAUGACGGACGGGGAGACCAAUGCUAUAUCAGUGCGUAGUGGGAGGCCGCGGGUUAGUCCAGCAGAAACCAUGAAGGCGAUAACACUCCUUGCGGCGGCGGCGGCCCUGAUAACCACCGCCUCACCCACCGAAGUGUCCUGUAACGCCGGCUUCGUCCUGCUCAACGGCAACACUUGCAUCCAGGUCUUCACGUCGAAGGUGACAUGGGUGGAAGCGGUAGCCGCCUGCGCUAACAUAGAUAAUUUCUUGGUCGGCUCUCCACACCUGGCCUACUUCAACGACUGCUCCUUCAUGACGUACCUCUAUGACUACAUCUAUUACCAGCAGGGGCUGUCAGAGGACCUUUGGUUGGGAGGAAGCGACUCCAACACCGAGGGUGCCUGGGAGUUUCUGAACGGUGACCCUGUGCCCAUGGGUAUUCCCUUCUGGCACCCGAUCCAGCCUGACGGAGACAACAUCGAAAAUAAACUGGUGUUCGCCCAUAACGGAUACUUCGCGGACGCUCACGAGGAUGACAAACUUGGUUACAUCUGCCAGUAUACGCCUUAGCUGGGGGGACUGAAGUUGCAUGGGUGUCGUCGCUGCUGGUACCACUGGCUGUAAGGAUUGAUACAACAAACAGAGGAGGAAAGAAGGAGAAAAAUAGUCAAAUAAACCGCCACAAUAGUCUAAAAUAACGAGCCGAAGCAGCAAGGAGCAUCAGGACACUUUCAAAACCAGAUCUAUUUAUAUUCAAACAUCUCUCUCAUGGCGUUCUUCUUUUGUCUUAAUACGAGCAGCGAGUUAUUUGUUAUGUGUGUUUUAGGUUUAGCUCUGAGGCUGUCUACCGUAAGAAAGAAGGGGGAGGAAGGAAACGAAGGGUUGGGAGGAAUGGUCAGCUCUCCUUUGCGCUGUGGAGAAAUGUAAAAACAAAAGCCAACCUCGGAUCCCUGUGAGACAACGUUGCCAGAUUAUCGUACUCCGCCUUAAUGUUUGCUGAUUUGAAGUGAUUUCCAACCCCAAAACUGUCUCCUCCAUCCCAUUAACUGGCUUGGUAUUUAGUUAACGUUAAAAUGCUCAGUUAUUGCUGUUUCUUGGCAAUAGUUAUGGGGCAGAAACCGGUCAAUAGGAUGCUUCGAGUACGAUAAUAUGGCAUAGCUGCUGUGAGACCCACCCCAAGGACCAUUUCCCGUCAGUAUGAUGUACAACCUGAUGACCUUGAUGAUUAACAGAUUUACAAAGGCAGUC